AUGGCGGGCACUUUUCGACGCAGCAGCGCGUCACCAUGGGCCAACCCUCCAAAUACAGACCAGCUCCCGCCGUCGCCAUGGCACACCUCGGCUUCGGAGGAGAGCGGGGAGACGGAUCUCAAGCUUGAGCACCACGAUGGCGGCGCCGAUGAAAAAGCGGCCAACUGCCGCCGUGCGGCACGCUUCGUCGUCGACCCGGCCGGCGAGCUCACGCACGACGAGACGACAGUCGACGUGGUCACGGUGCCAUGUCCCGGCGGCCACCCGCUGCGCAGCUGGAGUCGCGACGGGCUGAUGGGCCGCUACUUCGGCGCGCCGUCGAUGCGCGAGGCCGCCGGCGAGACGGCUCCGAGCAGUCCCUCGUGGGUGCGCCAGGGCAUCCGGCGCGAGGCUCCCCGGGCGCGCAUCCUGCUGUACGAGCACCCGCCCGUGGCGCAGACGGCAGGGACCACGACGCUGGCGGGCCUGGCGGACGCGCUGCUGGAGGAGUUGCAUGCGCUGCGCGGCGCCGGGGCAAGGGCGAGGCCCGUCAUCUUCAUUGCUCACAGCGUGGGCGGGCUGGUUGUCAAGAUGGCCUUGACAAAGGCGAGUCGGGAUGCUAGGUACGACGGUGUGCUGCGCGAGUGCUACGGCGUUGCUUUCUUCGCAACGCCACACCAGGGAAGCAGCUAUUUUGCAAUGCCCAGUCUCGCCCCCAGCAUCCAGUCCCUCCUCCACCUAUCGUCGCCGCUGCCGGCCUCCAUCACCGACGCCCUGCGCGUGGGCAACAGCCUGCUGCAGCGCGUCGACGAGGACUUCAAGGCCGCGUCCAACGACGUGCGCAUCUGGACCUUUUACGAGACCAUCGAGUCGCGUCUCUCGGGCGCCGCCGGCGCGGGCGACGUCUACUUCACCGCGCCCCUGACGUCCAUCAAGUCGGCCGUCCUCGGCAUGCGCCAGGAGACCAUCUUUGCCCUGCAGAGCGACCACGCAAACAUUGCUUCGUUUGGCCGACACAACGUCCACUCGCUGCGACUGUUCCUCAGGCAGCUCGCUGUUCAGAUUGGUCGCGCUGACAUGACGCUGCGCGAUGGUGACGGCGAUGGGCGCUGGACCCUUGGCCUGGAGCAAAAGGUCAAUGUCGAGGUCCAUGGCUUCUUUGACGAUCCGCCUGCAGUGGGCGAGACCUACGAGGCCGUCUCCACGAUCCGAGCCUGGUCAACGCGUCUCCCGCUCAAGGACUUUCUCAAAAAGGGGCCCGAGGUGUGCUUGAGCGAGAGGCUGAACGAGGUCGAGGGCGCCCCUGAGCAGAGCAGGUUUCUCCGCGUCCGGGGCCGGACCUCGCUGAUCGACAAGGACUCCGAGGCCGACGAUUCCGCGGCUGCUGCUCCACCGCCGAUGAUUCCGAUGACGGUCAAGAACGUGCUGGGCAUCAAGGACCGACAGGCCGCCACACGACAGAUCGUCACCCCUGGCUCACCCAUCAUCCGCCCCGUCGACGCCGCCGCCUCCUCCGCCGCCCACGACCAGCGCACCCACUCCGUCCCGACCGUGGCCCCCCGAGGCCUUGCCACGCCCCCGUCACGGGCCCUGCUCCCCGCGCCUAGCCAGUCCGAGAGCCCACCGGUGCGCCCGCCGUCCCUGAUCCAGGCCGACCUGGAGCAGGACCUGGCCAUCGACCGGCUCUCGCCGCCCCUGCGCCCGCGCGUCGGCCGGACAAUCAGUCGGUCCUUUAGUCUCGGCAGCGACCGCACGCGCCUCGAGUACCGCGAAUUCAUCGCCCUCUCGCCGCGGAGCCGCAGCGCCUUGAAUGACCUGCCCGGUAGCGGCGGAGACGGACGAGGCGAGGGCCUUGAUGGCGAUGUAAACGACGACAACAACGGCGGCAUCGAAACGUCGCCGCGCCUGCCCGAAGCUGUUCUGGCGAUCCGCAAGGUGGCGGCCAAGGUUGGGCGGAUCCGCGGCAGUGACCCGGCAGUGCUGGACGAGGCGCCUGCGGCGGCGUUUGCCCGGCCGGGAGUCAAGGCGCGGAGGUUCGUGUGGGUGCAUGUGCCAUUUAACAACCCGACCUGGGUCAAGAGCGUCCUCCAAACCUUGGAAGUCUCGUACAGAAUGGACUUGUCGGCGCUGUACGGCCACGACUUUUGGGCCACGCGACACACGCGCGGUCGGCACUCGCAGCAUUACGCCUACUUUUCAAAGCCGGGCUGCUACUUUACCUCGUCGCGGAGACCAUCACCGCGUCCCUCGCUCGCCAGCCCGCCGCUGUCACCCACGGCGGUGGCAGACGCGGCCACGUAUACGUGCCUCUUCCUGCCCUAUCUCCACUUCGACUCGUACAAGCGGCUGAUCCGACGGCGGAACCUCAUCCUGCAGCGGCUGGGCUACGGCCGGUCGCGGCCGGUGCCCGAGUCGGUGGCCAAGUCGGAUCUCCUGGAGCUGCAGGUGAUCUGGGAGUUUCUCGGGCACGACCCACCCAUCAACUGCCGCCGGACGCUGGAUCAGUUCGCGUACCCCUCGCUGCGGGAUACGAGGUCUAGGGACGACGACCAGAUGCUGUACAAGCUGACCAAGGAGAGGGUCUGCGCCGAGUCGGAGCCAGGCCGCGACAUGCACAGCCAGGGAUCGUCGGCGGGGACCGGCUCGGACAAAGGGGCCGGCAGCGGAUCCAGCACCACGUCCGGGGGCUGGCGGGAGCGGCUGAUGCGCAAGACGGGAGGCGGCGCGGCUGAGGACGUGCCUGAAGAGGAGACGGUGCGCAACGGCAACGUUCUCAUGGUCGACCAGCUCUGGCUGUGGGUGAUUGACUCGCAUACCUUGACGUCCUUCUUCCCGAAGCGAGAAAGCGACCCGAUCGAAGGUCCGCUAUUUCAGCAAGCCGACCUUCGCGACAGCAUCUUCAACGACGUCAACGUCGACCUUACGCGGCAGUGCCAGAAUGCGUUGGACCUGGCCGCCCUUGCCGCCCUACACGCCGUGAGCGUCCUUCUCGACCGCUCCUCUCACCCCGACCUGGAGGUGUUUCGGAUCUUUGAGGAGGCAAUAAGCGCCUUGACGGAAAAGCUCACGUGGUCGCUCAAAGAGUUCCGCACCGAGGGUUUCCGCGACAAGGCCUUUGACUACGAGCCGGUAGAGAACAAGGCUCGAUCGAUCCGGGCGCGACACAAGGAAGAGAGCCGGCGGGCGGAGCGGGAAAACCGCGACAACACGUCGGCGCUUCUGGAGCUGCGGGACAUCGAGGACGAGUUGCUGACGCUGGUGCACCUGUUUGAGCGGCAGUCCAAGGUGCUGUCGUCGAUGCACGCGACGUACGCGCGGCCAGAGCUGCGGGAGCAGACAGCCAACGGGCGCGUCUUCCUGGAUGAGGCGCUCAAGCGGCUGCGUGACUACGCCCAGCAGGCCGACGAGAUGAUCCAGCGGGUGCGCAGCACGCGUGACGACUACGACAAGCUGCUGCAGAUGGUGCAGCGGCAGGCGCAGGUCGACGAGGUGCGCCUGAGCCGCCUGCACGCAGACCUGGCCAGUGCCCAGAGCCGCAGCGUCACCAUCUUCACCACCUUUACCGUCAUCUUCCUGCCCAUGACCUUCUUCACCGGGCUCUUCGGCAUGAACACGCGUGAGUGGGGGGGCGGCGGCAAUCUCCCGCUGCGCACCAUCGGCCUCGUCGCCUUGCCGUCCAGCCUGUUGCUUGUCGUGUCAGCCCUCUUCAUCGCCUUUAGCACUGGCGCGCGCAAGAUGCUGCGCUACCUGAGCCACGCCCACGGCCGCCUCGCGCGGAGCCUGUACCAUGCUUGCGGCGAGGCGGCGCGGUGGGCAAUGGGCCACGAUCACGGCGGCGACGGCGGGGAAAGAGGAGAAGAAGGGGGAGGGGAUGACGGCGUUUGGGGAGAGGGGACGGGAGCGAGAAGUGGAGGGAGGCGCAAGAGAAAGGGGCCGGUGCGCGAGGUGAGCGAUUUCUGGGAGCGGCACCGUCUUGAAAGGGAGAGGGGCUAUCGCAUCCCCGAGGCAAACAGGGCCAAGGCGGCGCCGGGGUGGGCGGCAGGGGCAGGCGGUGCGGGCAGCGGGACGUUUGGGGUGCGCAUGGGCGUGACGGGGACGCGGAUGAGGAGGGGUUAG